UUUGCCAUAGCAGAAAUGGCCUACGUGCUAUCACAGUCGUCAGAGCAGGAGCAGUGUGUCAUCAUCAGUGGGCACAGCGGAUCAGGUAAAACCGAAGCUGCCAAAGCAAUAGUGCGAUACCUGACCCUGCUGUAUCAGAGAUCAGACACCCACAGGAUCAGACAGCCGUGCAAUGUGCUACCCAUCCUGGAAAGUUUUGGGAACGCCAGGACCAUCCUCAAUGACAACUCAAGCCGGUUUGGAAAGCUUCUGAAUGUCCACCUGCGACAUGGCAUCGUGGUGGGAAGUUCCAUCUCCCAGUACCUGCUGGAGAAGUCUCGUGUGGUAUUUCAGGCCCCUGGUGAGAGGAACUACCAUGUGUUCUACGAGCUACUGGCUGGGCUGCCUGCGGAGCAGAAAGAGGAGUUGUACUUGCAAGAAGCAGAGUCUUACUUUUACCUGAACCAGGGCAGAGCCUGUGACAUCCUGGGGAAGGAGGACAGGCAGGACUUUCUGGUCUUGGUGCAGGCUCUGGAGGGAAUCCAUCUCUCGGAUGAUCAGCUGGCCUCCACCUGGGCUGUCCUGUCCGCCAUUCUGCAGCUGGGGAAUAUCUGCUUUACCUCCGACGAGAAAGAUUCCUACGAACAUGCAGCCCUCGCCAGUGACACUGAGAUUCAGGUUGUGUCCAAUCUGUUGCAUGUCUCUGCAGAUUUCCUGAAAAGUGCUGUCACUCACCGUGUCACUGUGACAUCUUAUGACCAGAUCUUCACCCCUCUGUCUGUAGAAGGAGCCAUCGAUGCCAGGGAUUCCAUUGCCAAGACUCUGUACUACCUGCUCUUUGAGUGGCUGCUGAUGAGAAUCAAUGAGUGGCUGGCUCCCUGGGAACCAGACUGUGCUGUGGGCAUCGUGGACAUACAUGGGUUUGAGGAUCUAAGUGUGAACAGCUUAGAGCAACUCUGCAUCAACUUUGCCAAUGAGCAUCUCCAGCGAUUUUUCCGCCAGACCGUCAUUGCCCAGGAAGAGGAGGAAUAUAGCCAAGAGCAGUUGGCUUGGAUUCCUGUUUCCAAGACGCACAACGAGUCAUGCCUGGAUUUCAUUGCUGCAAAACCCCAUGGCAUCUUGAGUAUCCUGGAUGACCAGACUUCACUGGCUCAGGCCACUGACCACACUUUCCUCCAGAAGUGUCACUACCAUCAUGGAGACAGCCCUUGGUAUGCCAAGCCCAGGCUGCCUUUGCCGGUCUUUAUUGUGAAGCACUAUGCAGGCCCUGUCACCUACCAGGUCCACAAGUUUCUUAAUAAAAACCGUGACCAGCUGCGUCCAGAGGUGCUGGAUAUCUUCUCUCAGAGCCGCCUCAAGGUGGUGUCCCACAUUUUCCAGAAAGCUAAGGCUGCCUAUAGUCAGCAGUGGGAGCUGAGGGCCAGAGGCAAAGGGCCUCAGGCCUCCACACUGGUGUCCAAAUUCCAGCAGUCUUUGCAGGACCUCACAGCCAAGCUGAGAAGGAGCCAUGUUUUCUUCAUUCGGUGCAUCACACCUAAUCCCCAAAAGCUGUCAAACAUCUUUGAUGUGGAGUAUGUCACUUGCCAGCUGCGGCAUUCUGGGAUUCUGGAGGCCAUCCACAUUAGAAAGGAGGGAUACCAAGUCCGUCUUCCAUUCCAGAACUUCCUAGCCAGGUAUGGCAUCCUGGCUGGGCGAGGGCACAUCUGCUUGGAGGAGAGAGAGGGCUGCAUGGCAGUGCUGUCUCAUGUAGUGGGGCACCCAUCAGACCUCUACCAGAUUGGAGUAACCAAGGUCUUUCUGAAGGAGAAGGCCAGGCAGCUUCUGGAGAGACGAUGGAACCAGAGGCAGUGGUGGGCCAUUGCUACCUUGCGAAGGAACUUCCGAUGCCUCCUUCACCGCAGACGCCUCCGUGUCCUCCAGGAGAAAGUCACAAUCAUUCAGGCUCACUUCCGAGGUUACCAGGCAAGGUCAGGAGCCAAAGGCCAGGCAAGGAAACGGUACAGGAGGUUGAAGAAGACUUUGGUGCAAUUUAAUACCAUGAUUUUGAUCUCCAGACCUUUGAUUCAGAGGAGGAAGCGCUGCCAGGAGUUAGAGGAAAAGAAACAAAAGAGAUCCCUGGCCAGUGGUGACACGGAGAACAGUCCCAGCCAAGGAAUGGACGUGGGGCUGCUGGAGAUCCCUGCGGAGCUUGCUGCCCUCCUGCAGUUAGCAGAAGGUCAGUACCAUGCACAGGCCAACCAGAUCACUGAGGCAUUGCCUCCAGAAGUCAAGGUCAAAGACGACCUCUCCCUCCCACCCACCAUCAACAGCCAUCCUUUCUCUUCCUUCAUUAAGUCACACUUCCAGAAGGCAGAUUUCCCUGCCCCUGGACAGCCUCUGCAGCAACCCUUAACGAGGCUGGAUGCUGAACACCAGGAGAGUGCACUUGAGGUCAACAAACUGAUUUUGCGGUUCAUUGGUGACAAGAGUCUCCAGGGCUGGCAAGAGGUUCUUCUGGGCAACUACAUUGCUGGAAGAGGCUUGAACAAUGUGGCUCUUCGCAAUGAAAUCUUCAGUCAGGUGGUUACCCAGGCGUGGAAGAAUCCCGACAUGGAACACAGCCAGCGAGCAUGGGUCCUGAUGACAACUUUGCUGAGCUGCUUUGCCCCUUCACCAUCCCUGGAGAAGCCACUGCUGAAAUUUGUGUCAGACCAUGGCACGGAGGGCUACAACGCUGUUUGCCAGCGCAAGAUCUUGACAGCAGCACAGCACACAGAGACAGACUCCACGUUCUCUCGGGCCUACCCUCCCACUCAGCUGGAGUGGACUGCAAACCAGAGGAGAGGGAAGAUGGUGCUGGAUGUUCAUACCUUUAAUGAGGAGAAGUUCUCUGCUGAGGUGGAGUCCUGGAUGACUGGGGAGCAGUAUGCAGCCUGGCUCCUGAGUGCAAGGGGCUGCGAUAAGAAGUCCCGAGGGUGGUCUAUCUCCAUGUUUACUGGCAACACAUGGCAGGACCUGCUGGGCUGUGACUUUGUGCUAGACCUCAUUGGAGAGAUGGAGGAAACCAGCAACCUCAACAUCCUUUCCGAGUCCUCAACUGAGUACCCCAUCGCUUCUGAAAGGGACAGAACCUUUCCCCAGAGCUCUGACCUAGACUCAAUCCCUCCUGCUCCAGGCAUCCAGGCGCCUGCCUUCCCACCACCUAGCCUCCCUCCAGAGUUCAGCAGUCUCCAUCCAGAUCAGAGAUUCGGAGAUGACCUGAGGACCCCUGUAGGCCUGGAUCACUAUGUGGAUGAUCUCUUCAGCACUGUGCUGCACCAAGGCUCCAGAGUGCCAGAUAUGGAGAACAGAGAGAGUCUGACUGGACGCAUGAAAGGAGGUGGGAAGAUUGGACCGACACAGAGAGGAAUCUUUCCUUCUACAGGCUUCCCUGGAGUGAAUCAAGCCCCACUUUACCAGCCCAUGCCUUCGAUGGCGGGGAUGCCAGGGGCCAUGCCUUUGAUGCCAGCGGCUGGUGGGAUUGCGCCCAUACCAGCCAUGGUUAUGCCCCAGCCGGUGGUUCCUGCUGUGGAUCCCAAUCAGUUGGCAGCGCAGCAACAAGCCUUCAUCAACCAGCAAGCCAUGCUCAUGGCCCAGCAGAUGACCCUCCAAGCCAUAAGCAUCUCCCAGCAGCAACAGCAACAGCAGCAGAAACGGCAGCAGCCUCUUGAGAACUCAGGGCCAAGAGUCUCAAGUCCACCACAAGCCCAAGCCUCAGCUCUAGCCCCAGCCACUUUGCCAAAACCCAAGAAACCUCUCAGCAGCCAGAAUGCUGCACCACCAAAAGCUCCAGAGCUGCCAGAUAAGGCAGAAGCACUGGAACAACAACGAACAACAAUGGCUUAUGACUACAUGACAGACCAGUUCUCCAGCAGUGAAGAUGAUGACUGUCCUCGGGAAACUUUCCAGCAGAAGAGAGAAUAUUUUCAGAAGAUGGGAGAGCAACAGAUCCGAGUGAAGAAAGUGAGACCUUCCAAAACCUGGACCCCUCCAGCAAAUCCCCAGCCAAAGCAGGAGGAGGAGAAAAAAGAGGAGAGGAAGAAGAGGGAAGAAAAGAAGCCCAGGCCUGGAGCAGUGGCAGCUCCUGCAUCCUCUUUGCCACCUCCUGAGCCAAAGCCAAAAAAGCAGACACCGAAAGCAAAGAUGGAGCCACCUGCAGUGAAGCCAUCAGGCUCUGAGUUGCGGCCUGAACCCAGCCGGGAGAUCCACAACAUCAUCAAAAUGUACCAGAGCAGGCCAGUCCCCGAGCCUCUGCCCAUUGAGCCUGUCAGGAGAUUAUCCAAGCCAUUUAUAAAGAAAAGUGACCCCAAAAAUGAGGCUCUGGCUAAGCUGGGAAUGAUGAACCUCCCACCUUCCAAAUCACCAGUCCCCCUGCCACAAGAGAAGAGAACACCUCCACCUCCCAAACCCAAGCCCAAGCCAGGCCCAGCUUCCAGCUCUAUCAAGGAGAAGCAGUUGCCUCUCCUGUCCAUCUUCAGCCAGGGGAGCACCCCACCAGAUUCCCAGACCCCUCCUUCUCCUCCUCCUGCUUCCCCACCAUUGCCUUCGCCUGUCCUGCCUGGGAACCAGGGCUGGCAGGAAUACACAGAGAAAGCCUCUACCAUAACGGUAGCAGAAGAUGAGAACAUCAAGACCCAGCUGUACAAGCUCACUGCCAGCGUCAGCUUUUCCUACGUCAACCCUACCUGGAAAAUCUUCCUGCGCAAAGAGGUGUUUUACCCCAAAGAAAAUUUCAGUCACCCUUAUUGCCUGAACUUGCUGUGUGAACAGAUUAUGCGUGACACCUUCUCUGAUUCCUGCCUUCGGAUCUCCAGGGAGGAGAAGCGCAAGAUGAAAGACCUGCUGAUGGAGUUCCGGGUUGGCAAUGAUGCCCAGUCUAUCCAGGAGGAUGGGAUAAAGAAGAGGAUUGUACUCGCUGCCCGGGAUAACUGGGCUAACUACUUCUCCCGCCUUUUCCCAGUUCAUGGUGAAAAUGGAAGUGAUGUCCAGAUCCUGGGUGUUUCUCACCGGGGAAUGCGGUUGCUGAAGGUGGUGAAAGCAGCAGGCUAUAAUCCUGAGCACCUGAAGAUUCUUCGCAGCUACAGCUUUGCAGAUGUGCUGUCAGUGGAACUGAAGGGCAGCAAUGCCUUGGAGUUCUCUCUGAAGACAGAGCAGCUCUUCUUGCACUCUCCAAAGGCUUCCUGCAUCAAGGCCAUGGUGGAACUCUUCAUCCAGGAGCUGAGGCAGGAUACCAACUAUGUCGUUGCUCUGCGCAGCUACAUCGCAGAUGACAAGAGCCUUCUCAGCUUCCAGAAGGGGGACCUCAUUGAGUUACUGCCCAUGCAGGGUGUGGAGCCAGGCUGGCAGUUUGGCUCCACUGGAGGCCGCUGUGGAAUUUUCCCCACCAGCCUGGUGCAGUUGGCUGCAGCUCCUGAUUACCUCAGCACCAGCAUGGAUAGGCGUGGAAGACUGCGGAAGAGCACAAAAGCUUCCCCAGAGAGCAGGAACACCAGCAGGGAGAGUUCUGCUCCCAGCCUGACAUCAGAGCCUGACAGCAUCAUGUUAGUCCCUGCUGGUGAUCAUUAUACCAUGAUGGACUUUGCCACAGCCUACUUCCGAGGGGCUCAGUUUGUGCAGGGGCUGAAGGGGGUGGCUGCUGACAAGAGUGUGGCUGACCUUGUCCAGCACACCAAGGUCCCCAUCCAGGAGUCUUUGCUCCAUUACUCUGACAGUGAGCUGAACGAGCUUGCUAUAAAGAACUUCAAGACUGUGAUGCGAUUCAUGGGAGAUCAACCAAAACUCAAGAACCAGACUGAGGUUGAAUGCAUCUAUGAAAUCCUUCAGCUGUGCAAGGAGAAGGAGAGUUUGCAUGACGAGGUCUACUGCCAGGUCAUCAAACAGGUCACCCACAACCCUCACCAUGAGAGCGCGCUGCAUGGGUGGUUGCUUCUACACCUGCUAACUGGGUACUUCCUCCCCUCUAACAUCCUGAUGCCCUAUGCCACCAAGUUCCUGCAGCUCGCCGGCACCGAUCCAUCCAGCAACCACCAUGAUACAGCUAAGAUCUGUCAGAGCAACUUGCGGAAAAAUUUCUUGUAUGGGGGCCGUCGCCACCUGCCCUUCCCUGUGGAGAUGGAGGCGCUGCUGAAGGGGCGCGGUGCCCGCCGGCUAGUGGUGCUGCUGCCUGGAGACAUAGAAUACCUGACCAGGAUCCAGACGUUCACUGUGGCCAAGGAGCUCUUACAGGAGAUCUGUGAGCAGAUGGGGGCAGGCGAACAGGAGGAGAUACAGGACUUUGUUCUUUUUGCCACCAGGAGCAACAGAGAUAAUGACGAUAAAAUGGUGAGGCCGAUAAGAUCGGAGGAGUAUCUUCAGGAUUACCUGCUGGAGGACAAGCUGGUCACCAUAAGUUUACGCAGGCUCCUCUGGAGGACACCCCUGCACUUUGAGAACAGGGUUUAUACUGAUGUCCAUUAUGGACAGGUGCUGUGGGAUUACCUGAAUGGGAGGAUUCUGUUGAGCCAUAGUAAAGAAAUGGAGACACAGGUGGGCGUUUUGGCAAUGCUGCAGCACUGGGCCAAAACACAGCAGCAGAGUUCUGCUCCCUCCAGGGAGGAGCUGAAGGAGUACACGCCGAAGACCCUGGAGGCCUCCAUCAGCCCCCAGGCCCUGCAGACCCAGGUUGGGAUGCUGCUGGGUGCCCAGCAGCCGCUCCCACCACUGGAGGCAAAAAUCCAGUUCAUAGAGCAUGUGAUGAAAUUGCCUUUCUUUGGCUACAAUGCUUAUUUUGUCAAGAGAGUCAGUGAUGCCACAAUCCUUGCACCCUGUUUCUUUGGUGUGAAUAAAGAAGAAAUCAUUGUGGUGGAUCGCACCGCCCAGGUAGUCUCCUGUGUCAUUCUGCUGAGGGAGCUGCAGAAGAUGCGCACACUGCGGCCUGUCUCCGACCACGGCCUUCCCGGCAUAGAACUGAACUACGGCUCAGCCACCAGCCCCAGGACGAUGUGGCUGGAACUGUCACAGGCGAAAGAAAUGUAUCACACAAUUGUUGUCAUCCUGGAGAAAACAGAGUUGCACCACUAAAGCCUAAGAGGAGGCAAACAGCCCUGUUCUUCCUCUGAGCUUUCUCCGCGCUCCCUGGCCUGUCUGCUGGAGAGGACACUUCGUGAAGGCACCCAUGACCUCAGACAGUUCCAGGGUUGCCACCACAGUGUUUGCUGACCGACUGGCCCCCAGCGUCACCCCUUGUGUCCUGCCCUCCCAUCCCCAAGAGCUCUUCCCCGGAGGAGGCACUGGCUGAACAAACCGCAGGACCCAUCUCCACAGCGCUGCUUUGCACAGCCUGCGCCAACACAGAGCGUCUGGACAGACGCCGGCAACCGCUUUCAAGCUCUGCAGUGCAGGACUGUUCGGUUUUGAGUUAAUUAACAUGAGCAGAGACUGGUGCUUGCUAGAGAUUUGUGUGUCCCAGCACAGGGCUGAGGCUACAGAGUGACUGCUGGGCCAGGCUUUCUCUGGACUGACAGGCGAGAGUCCCUGUAGCAGGAUUUGUGAAGCAGGAGCUGGUAGAAAGCUUCUUAAUUGCAAAGCAGAUCAGUGUUACUAUACA